CUUCAAGAUGUGGGGCUACCUUACUGUCUUGCUGCUGUCAUCACUGCUACCGGCCUCCUCUCAGAGGAAAGUCACCAGUAUCUGUCCCCGGUCCUGCAUCUGUGAUAACAGCGAGAGAUCUGUCUUGUGCCAGCACCAGAACCUCACCGAAGUGCCAGCCUCCAUUCCCCAGAUGACUCGGAAACUGGAUCUCCAAGGUAAUGUUUUAAAGGUGAUUCCUCCACGGGUCUUCCAGCCCUUCCUCCACCUGGCCCACCUGGAUCUGCAGGACUGUCAGCUCGAGCAGUUACAGAAGGGGACCUUCGCCGGCCUGGUGUACCUGACCUACCUCAAUCUGGCCUCCAACAACAUCUCUGUUCCACAAAGGGACCUGGAUGGGCUCAUCCUCCUGAGGCAGCUGGUGCUAGAGAACAACCAGCUGAAAGAGAUCCAGCCGGGGACCUUCAACCAGUUGCCUUACCUUAACCUCCUCAACUUGGCUCACAACUCCUUGGCCCACCUGCCCGACAUGGCCUUCCAGGGGCUCUUCAGUGCAUGGUGGCUAUGCCUCUCCCACAAUGCCCUUACCAACUUGGCCCCUGAGUCCCUGGCGGGUCUCCCACACCUUCGCCGGCUCAGCCUGGACCACAAUGAGCUGCGGGCCCUACCCUGGGAGGCUCUGUCACACCUGCGUGGCCUGGCCCACCUGGAUCUGGGCCACAACCCCCUCACCAUCCUGGGAAAGGAGGAAGGGCUAGCACUGCCAGAACUGCGCUACCUGGCCCUUGAGGGGGCCUCUCUACAGACUGUGGAGGUGGGUGCUUUCUCCCGCUGUCCCCACCUCUACACUGUGGACCUCCGGGACAACCAGCUGAAGAUGCUGCCUUCGCUAGAGGGCAUGGACCGGCUGCAUAAGCUCAAUCUGAGUGGAAACCCAUUGCACUGUGACUGUGCUGCCCGGCCCCUGUGGGACUGGGCCAUCAGGAACUGGGUGAUGAUGGACGGGCUGUGCAGAGAGCCCAGGCUGCUGAGAGGAGAAGCUUUGGAGUCCCUGAGGAAAGAGGACUUGCGCUGUGAGGGACGCGGAGAUGGAGAAGAGGAUCAGGAGCCCACUGGGGCCCCAGAGGAGGACAAGGCUGCCAAGCCCUGCCCCUUAGCUUGCACCUGCUCGUCUGUUUCCCACCAUAGUAGCUGUGAAAACAAGGGGUUGAGGCUCAUCCCCUCAGGAUUCCCCAAUACCACUCAGGUCCUAGAUCUGAACUGGAACAAGUUCACUUCCGUGCCUCGGUUCUCCUUCCCAAGCCUAGGCCACCUCGUAUCUCUGCACCUCCAGCAUUGCAGGAUCGCUCACCUGGCUCCAGGAGCCUUCAGUGGAUUGGGCCGGCUGGUCUACCUCUAUCUGUCUGACAACCAGCUCUCCGAGCUCAGUGCUGUUGCCCUACAAGGCGUGCCUCGACUCCGUUACCUGUACUUGGAUCGCAACUACUUCACAAGGGUGCCCAGGGAGGCCCUGUGGGCUCUGCCCAGUUUGGUUGGCCUUCACCUAGAGUACAAUGCACUCAGAGAUUUAGCUGGGGGAGAGAAUCUUCAUUCGCUCCAUCUGAGUGAGAACAACAUCUCUCAGGUGUCAUCUGGCCCAGCUCAGAACCUGGAGGGACUUUAUAUGGGCAGCAAUCAGUUGCAAACCGUGCCAACAGGGGCUUUGGAGGGGCUGCCUGCCCUCAGGGAGCUAGAGCUGUCAGGCAAUCCCCUCCGGGUCCUGCAAGAAAGAGCCUUCAUGCCGGUGGCCAAGUCCUUACAACACCUCUAUCUAAAUAAUGCUGGGCUCCAGCAGAUUUCUCCUGGGGCUUUUGCUGGCCUGGAGCCUGGGCUCAGGAGCCUGUAUCUAGAGAAGAAUUGGCUGCAGACACUGCCAGCCAUGGAUGGCUUUAUCCAACUGGAGGUCAUCAGUCUCAGUGAGAACCCUCUACGCUGUGACUGCCAGCUGUUUCCACUACACAGGUGGCUUGCUGGCCGGAACUUGCCUGGGGAGGCCACCUGUGACUUCCCACCCAGUGCUCAGGGCCAGAAGGUGAAGGAAGCCACUGCUAUCUUUGAGGCGUGCCUGGGGAAGAAGGCUCCAUAGAACCCAUUAACCUCCCACUGGGAAGCUAAGAAAACUCACGUGCAAAGGAAUCAGUUGCUGCCAGCUGUGGCUGGCUGGUCAUGAUGAGAGGCGCCAGUCCAGUCGUAGGCCCUAGGGUCUUUGGAAGUGGGAGGUGGAGGUCAUUUUUCCUUGGGAACCAA